AAGAAAGAAGCUUUUCAUGGUAUUCUAGUCCGAGAAAACUACCCAAAGUAGUAUGUAUUAGCGGAUUCAAGACCCGAAAAUUUUCUUUUUUUCUUGAUUAUGAUAAAAUGGGUGAAAUCUGGAACCGGUUAUAUUGGAAGUGUCUGCUUGCAUGUUCAACACCUUGCCAGAUAUCACUGACUUUGUUGUGCUGUGUUGUUUGCAUUUGCUUGGUGUUUGGCUAGGGUUAUAAAUAUACGGCCCUCACUUUCAACGCAAAUGUGGUUGAGUUUCUAGGUUUCUGAGCUGGAAAUCAAUGGCUCCUUCUGACAAUGAAGUGCUUCAAACUCUUGUGGAUGUUGGGGAUAGCCUUCUCAAUCAUCUCUCUUCCACUGAUCAGCUUCUCGCUCUUCUUGAUAAACUUGAGAAUUUAUUAUCAACUUUGGACCAAGAACCAGAUGAGGCAGUGAAAGAAGCGAUUCUACCAUCAAUGAAGGCAUUGAUUUCCAGUGAACUUUUGAGGCAUUCAGACGAGCAUGUUAAGAUUUCCGUUACAUCUUGCAUCGCUGAGAUUACUAGAAUAACAGCACCAGAUUCCCCUUAUGAUGAUGAACAGAUGAAGGAAAUUUUCAUGCUCACCGUCAAAGCUUUUGAAAAGUUGUCUGAUGUACCAAGCCAUGGUUAUGAAAAGGCACUUUUAAUAGUUGAUAAUGUUGCAAGGGUCAGAUCGUGCCUGCUGAUGAUGGACCUCGAGUGUGACGACUUGAUCAUUCAAAUGUUUCAGAUUUUCCUAAGAGUUAUUAGCCCAAACCACCCUGAGGUUGUGACCUUUGCGAUCGAAGCAAUAAUGACAAUGGUCUUGAAUGAGAGUGAAGAAAUUUCCACUGAUCUUCUUAGUCCAAUAUUAGAUAGCCUGAGAAAGGAAAAUCAGACAAAUUCACCUAUCUCUUGGUCAUUGGCGGAGAAAGUUAUUGCCAAUUGUGCUGAUAAGCUUCAGGCCUAUCUUAUGAGAGCAGUGCAGUCCACAGGCAGACCUCUGGAUGCUUUUGCUGAAAUAGUAGCUUCUAUUUGCCAGAGAGGAUCUGAAACUCUUCAGUGCAAUCAUUCUAAUGAUCCUAGAAACCCAUUGGUUCAGGAAGAUGAAAACGAGCUUUCUGUAUGCAAAGGUUCAGAUAAGCAAUCCUGUGAUGACCCGGAACCAGAUAUUGCUUGUGCAAGACAAGCUGAGACUAUUGAUGACGCCAAGCUGAACAAAAGAAAUCCCAAUUCUACUGCGGACAGUGAAAUCAUCAAAAAGAAAGCUGCAAAUAGGCAACCUCAUUCUGAUCUCACUAAGAAUGAGAAAAGAAACAACGCAAAAACCAAUUUAGAAAAUGGAAAUUCGCAGUCAGUUGAAAAAUCUAGUUCAGAAGCUGAGCUUGAUGUUAUGCCAAAGAAAAGGGGUUAUAAACCUAAUUCUUUAACAGAUACAGAAGAAGGCUAUGAUCACUCUCAGAUUUGUAUGGACAGCAAAUCCACAAAAGCUGUUCAAUUCCAAAAGGCUGGCGACAGUGGCUGUUAUUUACCACCUUCUGAGAGCCCUGCUUCCAGAAAAAAUAAUUUGCAGUUGGAGUCUGAAAAUGUGGGUGAAGUUUUUCAAGCUAAAGUUGAGAAAACCAUGAAACCCAAAAAGGCUCAUGAUAGAGGUACCGGUCUUCCACGUUCUAAAAACUCUGCAUCCCAAAAGGAUAAGUUGUUUCUGGAGCCUAAAAUUGCUGGUGAACUUUCUCAAUGUAAAACCAAGAAGAAAUCCACAAAAACAUCUCGAGUCAGAAAGGCUUGUGAUGGUGAUAUUGAGCUUUCACCUCCUGCAAACCAUAAUUUGCUAAAGGAUAAUGUUCUGAAGAAAUUUGAAAAUAAAGGCUGUGAGGAUCUAGUGUCUCAACAUGGAACUGAUAAGAAUAUUGAUGCUGCUCACCCUUCAACAAAUCAGAGCACUCCUGACAGUAGCCGUCGCAAAAGGGGUCGACCAAGAAAAAAUAGCAAUAAUCAAGGUGCUAACCUGAGGUUUGUAUCAACAACUGAGGAAGACCAUUUGACUGCACUGCAUGAGGAUAUUCCUUUGGAACCUGCUAGUCUGAGGUUGGAAAAGGAUCGUGAAGUAAUGAAAGAUGCUGAAGUGAAAAAUCGGGCACCUCUGAGGAAAAUCAAAGUUGCUUCUAAGACUGAUGAGAAUACUGCUGUGGUUACUGAAUCAAUAGCUGGUGAGAUGAGAGGUAAAACUUGUGAAGAUGAGGAGAAAGCCACGCCAGUGGUGAAUAUAGAGACAACGAAUGUAGAGGAGGAUCAGGCCUUAACUCAAACAAAUGUUAAGAAAAGGAGGAAGCUCGAUGCUCUGCCUAAUAAAGAUGUCAAUGAUUUCUGUACUGUUAAGCUAACUGAUUCUGUGGCUAAGAAACUCACUGGAGUUGAAGAAACCCCUCAAACAAGACCAAGGAGGAAGAGAACUGCUGGAAGUGUUGAGGCUGCUGAAAUGCGUGACUGCAAUGAACUUUCAGUUGGUAGCAGGAUCAAGGUCUGGUGGCCAAAGGAUAAGAGGUUUUAUGAAGGUGUUGUUGAUUCUUAUGACUCUGCCAAAGGAAAGCACAAGAUUUUAUAUGUUGAUGGUGACGUGGAAGUAUUAAACCUCAAAAAACAACGGUGGGAGCUUAUUACGGAUCAUGUCCCCCUUGAUGCAGAUCAAGAAAUUGAUCUCCAACAGAUUGAGCCAGUGACAUCAGAUAUGACCUACAUGCUGCUCAAUAUGAUUUGCUUCAGCAAGAUGCUGUAUGUGGCUGAGGUCUCAAAUCUAGGGAUACAACUAGAUUUCAACGCUCACAAAUUUUCAAACGGAUCUUUUCUUGAAAGAGAAUAGGAAUAUUUGUUGUAAGCACCAUGAAUAAUGUAGUUGUAAGGUAGAAAAACAUGUAUUGGUGUUCUUAUCAGUCACUUGGUUUAAAUAUAGUUGCUCCGUUGAUGGCAUUAAUUAAUGAUGCAGCCUUUGUUUAUUUUUUGUUUGAAUCUCCUGGCUAAUAAGUUUAAAUAUUCUGUUAAGCUUAUGCUUUUAAGUUG